AUGACUGUCAAAAUAUUCCUCACAGGGGCCACUGGCUACAUUGGGGGCGAUGCACUCUACCACCUGUACAAGAAGCAUCCCGAGUUCGAAUAUGCGCUCCUUGUGCGCUCGGAAGACAAGGCGAAGAAGGUUGUCGAAAAGUACCCCACAGUCCGCAUUGUUCUCGGGGGGCUCGACGACUCCGAGACUCUCGAGCGCGAAGCGUCGUGGGCCGACAUUGUCAUACAUACCGCCGAUUCCUCGGAUCACGCCGGUGCUGCGACAGCCAUCUCCAAGGGCCUAGUGCAAGGUCAUUCGGCUUCCCGGCCGGGUUUCUGGCUGCACACGGGCGGCACUGGCAUCCUGACCUACUUCGACUCCGAGGUGAAGAAGGUGUUCGGGGAGCCGGACGACAAGGUCUUUGACGACUACGAGGGCGUCGAUGAGCUCGUCAACCUGCCGGACGCCGCCUUCCACCGCAACGUGGACGAGAUCGUCCUCAACACUGGUAGGGAGCACGCCGUCUCGGUCAAGACGGCCGUCGUCUGUCCUCCGACCAUCUACGGCGAGGGUCGCGGGCCCGUCUCCGGCCGCGGGCGGCAGGUCUACGAGCUCGCGCACUUCGUCCUGGAGCAGAAGUACUGCCCCCGCAUCGGCCGGGGCCUCGCCCGGUGGAACAACGUGCACGUGCACGACCUCAGCGCCGUCUUCGCGCUCCUCGUCGAGGCCGCGCUCGAUCCGGCCCGAAAGGGCGACGACGCCGGCGAGCUCUGGGGCGCCCGCGGCUACUACUUCACCGAGAAUGGGGAGCACGUUUGGGGCGAGCUAUCCGAGGCCGUCGGCCGGGAGGCCCAGGCGCAGGGCCUGCUUGGGACCGACGCCGCCGCUGGCCCCGAGGUCCGCGAGCUGUCGUUCGACGAGGCUGUCAAGUCGCCCGCCGGGUUCGAGGCGGCGAGCUGGGGGAUGAACUCGCGCGGCAAGGCGGUGCGGGCCCGCAAGGUGCUCGGCUGGGAGCCGCGGGAGAGAAGUCUCGAGGACGAGAUCCCGAACAUUGUGCGCUCUGAAGCGGCGAGGGCUGGGCUUUGA